CGGAAAUCAUACCGCCAUUUACCCCACGCUCUUGUUUAUAUUCAUCUCAAUCUCACUUAACCUCUCUGUGAAUCUUGUUUAUAGGUAUAGAUCUAUUUUUCAUAACAAAUUCUAAAUAACAAAAAUGACAGAUAAACUUGAUAUGAGUCUAGAUGAUAUAAUAAAACAAAAUAAGUCUCAAAGAGGUAGGGGCGGCAGUCGAGGUGGUCAAAGAGGUGGUCGUGGUCGUGGACAACAGAAUCGUCGAGGCAGAGGAACCGGUGGCGGUGGCGUUUUUAGAGGCGGCGUUCAAAGAAAUCGUAAUUCUGGAGGAUUUAAUCAACGUUCACGAGAGGUCCCUGAUGUCUGGCAGCAUGAUUUGUAUGAUGGAAGCUCAGGUCAAUCUAGGCGUGGAGGUGGUGGUGGUGGACAACCUGGGGGCACUGGAAAACUUUUAGUUUCAAACCUUGACUUUGGAGUCAAUGAUUCAGACAUAAAGGAACUUUUUUGUGAAUUUGGUCAGUUGGUGAAAGCAGCAGUUCACUUUGACAGAUCUGGUAGAUCACUGGGCACGGCAGAAGUAAUUUAUCAGAGACGUACUGAUGCAGUGAAGGCAAUGAAACAGUACAAUAAUGUUCCACUUGAUGGGCGACCUAUGAAUAUUCAGUUGGUAGGUGGAUCUCCGCCAGUUGGAAAUGCUGGAUCUCGUCUAGGACCUAGCCCUCGAGGAAAUCGUCAAGGUGGCAGUGGUGGAGGAUUUCGAGGCAACAGAGGAGGUAGAGGUGGAAGAGGUCGAGGUGGUCGUGGAGGUAGAGAUAAAAAAGAAACACCCACUCUUGAAGAUUUAGAUGCUCAGCUGGAUGCUUAUAAUGCUAAAAUGGAUACCAGCUAGGUCAGUCUAAAAGAACAACCCAUUCUUGUAAUAUAAUGUUUAUUUCAUGGUAUUUUAUUAUGUAUUUUUCAUGCUGAGACAAAACAUAUUUUUACACCUGUUGUCAUCUCAUCAUUCUUGAUUUUAUCACAUCUCAGUUUUUAAUUGGAAGCAUUGUAAACAUGUAAUACAUUUUUGUUGAUACCAA